GUUUUGCGUUGAUCACCCGCGAUAUAGCUGUAGAUUCGCGAAUAUCAGGCUGAUCUACUAUGAAUAUUUGUGCGGCAGCGUCUCGCUGUAAUCAACGGCCAAACUGUUUCGCGUUCGCGUGAGUCACGCGGAUCCCCGUGUCAUUUACAGCCGUGUUCGGACAUUCGCAAACUAGCACCCUCGAUCGCAGUCUCUAGGCAACGUGGCAACGAUCGAUUUGGCAUUUGGCAGGCGGAAUUAACGAAACCCGCGAACCUCUGCGGAAUCGGCAAGACAAUUCUCGCGUGCCUCUGCUCUUUUCCCCCUUCGACGAGACGAGCAGUUCCCGGCUCUCGCGUGCGAGUCUCUCUUUUAGGUUAUGUUCCGGAAGACCACCUGCGUCUCGAGAACCUGGAGACCAGGGCGACGUGGCGCGUCACCGCAUAAUUUCCUCGCGAUCUCUGCUUGGAUUGAUGCUCUGAUUUCUCCUACAUGACACAGUUUCUUCCCUGCAACCAGCAUUUGUAUCAAACGGAGUCCGUACAUCGAGCUGUAGCCUCUUAAAUUGGCACACUUCCCUAUCAUUCAUUUGUUAUUUCAAAAAUUGACAUUGUGAUGUAUUCUCUAGAUGAUUCCGGCCCAGAUGUUCCGCCUGAUUCACACGAACAACCUGCUCUGGCAGACCACGAAUAAAUCUCUGCUGGCCAAGCUGCGCAAGAAGACUGGAUACACUUUUGCGAACUGCAAGAAAGCUCUAGAGCUACACGAGAAUGACAUGGACAAGUUCUUCCUUGCUCCAGGCUGAAAAGUGGCUGAGGGAACAGGCGCAACAGUAUGGUUGGACCCAGGCGGCCAAGCUGAAGGGUCGUAACACCAGUCAAGGACUGAUCUCGGUGACGGUCGACGGGCGUCACGCCGCCCUGGCCGAAAUCAACUGCGAGACCGAUUUUGUAGCACGGAACAAAAAGUUCCAUAGCCUCGCAGAGACGGUGAUCUCCGCUGUACUGAGUCACGCGAGGUUGCAGGAAAUUCAGAACGAAGUGCAACGGACCAUUUUUCACGCUGACGUUCUCAAAAAUCUGCCAGCCGCAGACGGCAAACCUCUGAGCGAUCAUUCCGCCCUGGCUAUCGGCAAUGUGGGCGAAAAUAUUAGUUUGAGACGCGCCCUGGCCAUCAGCGUGCAAUCGCCAGACGUGACGCUAUUUGGUUGUACGCAUCCAGCGCCGAUGAAUCCGAUACCUAUAUCUUUUGGCAAAUACGGUGCUUUAGUGGCUAUCAGGCGUAAGGAAAGCGAAAAUCUGUUGGGUACGCAGCUCUGCCAGCAUAUUAUCGGCAUGGACCCGCAAAAGAUUGGAAACCCGCGAGUAGACGAGCCGCACAACAACGCGGACGAAGAGCAAUGCAUGAUUUACCAGGAGUUCCUGCUCGAUCCUAGUCUUUCUGUGCAGCAAUUACUGGCGGAGUCGCACGCCGAGAUCGUUGAUUUUGCGCGUUUCGAAAUCGGCGAGGAGCUCGACGAGGAGCCAACGCUUAAGAGCGUACAGACCUGCGGCUGAUAUUGACUGCGUUCUUCAUGAUUACUCGAUUGUUUCGCAUUAUCUAUCGUUAACAUUAAUUUUCAUGAUAAUGGUUGUUAUUUUUGUUAUGAAAUCGAAAAGGAGCGAAAAGAUCGUGUAAGACAAAUAGUUAAUUGUUUAUCUUUAAGAACGAGCGUUUGGACACAUUAAUGAUCAUUCAAUCUUAAUGUUCUGUGCAGUAUCGCAUUACUGUAAUAAAAUCGACUAUAGCCUAGCGUAAA